CAAGAUGGGCAGCGAGUCGCAGACCCGGAUCCUGCCCUUGGACGCGGUCGAUGCAGCCGCCAGAGCCCGCGUGCGGGUCGUACCGGGUCCAGGAGUCGAGGACCGCGGCCCGGCGCCUCCCUUCCCACCGCGGUGUGGAUGCUGAGCUGUCAGCCGUCCACGCUCCCACGGCUGCCUCCUUUUCGGCGGCCUGAAGUUCGGCUCGAGCCAGUCGUUAACACGCGGUUCCAGUAGUGGAUUUCGCGGACUUCUGGCCUGGACGCCACCGGGGCUUCUCCCCAGAGAGCCUGGUUUUUCAGCUUGACGAAACCGCAGUAAUGUCACGACACCUGUGGGCCUUAAUAGAAUUUCCUUCAUACUACAGUAAUGAGUUGGUGGCCUAGCAACCUCCGAAGUUACCAAAACAGAGGGAAUUUGAUGAUGGAGGCUUUGCUGGAAGGAAUGCAGAGUCGAGGGCCUGGUAGGGGAUUUUUGACAUCUUGUGAAGCAGAACUACAGGAGCUUAUGAAGCAGAUUGACAUAAUGGUAGCUCAUAAAAAAUCUGAAUGGGAAGGGCAGACACAUGCUCUAGAAACUUGUUUGGACAUCCGUGAACAGGAGCUUAAGACUCUCAGGAGUCAGCUGGACAUGAAACACAAAGAGGUUGACCUGUUACAUCAGCAGGUAGAAGAACAAGAAGAGAUGAAGCAGAGGAUGACCACGGAGUACAAGCAGGAGUUAAAGAAACUGCACGAAGAGUUAGGCAGACUGAAGAGAAGCUAUGAAAAGCUACAGAAGAAGCAAAUGAGAGACUUCCGCGGAAAUACCAAAAAUCACAGAGAGGACCGGUCUGAAAUUGAGAGGUUAACUGGAAAAAUAGAGGAAUUUCGCCAGAAAUCGCUGGACUGGGAGAAGCAGCGCUUGAUUUAUCAGCAACAGGUAUCGUCUCUGGAGGCACAAAGGAAGGCUCUGGCCGAACAAUCUGACAUAAUUCAGGCUCAGCUCACCAAUCGGAAACAGAAAUUAGAAUCUGUAGAGCUUUCCAGCCAAUCAGAAAUUCAGCACCUGAGCAGUAAGCUGGAGCGGGCCAACGACACCAUCUGUGCCAAUGAGUUGGAAAUAGAGCGCCUCACCAUGAGAGUCAAUGACUUGCUUGGAACCAAUAUGGCUGUUUUGCAGGAGCAGCGGCAAAAAGAAGAAAAAUUAAGGGAUUCUGAAAAACUAUUAGAGGCUCUGCAGGAAGAAAAGAGAGAAUUGAAGGCAACUCUUCAGUCUCAAGAAAAUCUCAUCUGUGAGGCAAGAAUCCAAAAGGAGACGCUACAAGAAAAAUUAAAGACAACCGACAGUCAGCACACAGGAGAAGCCAUGAGGCCAUGGGAGGAGUCUCCGGCAGAAAGGAAGUGCCCCUCUCAAGGGCAGGGGGACCUGGACACUGUGCUCUCCCAGCUGAAUUUUACCCAUGCUAGUGAAGAACUUCUGCAAGCAGAGGUGACUCGUCUUGAAGGCAGUUUGGAAUCUGUGAGUGCAACAUGUAAACAGCUGAGCCAAGAACUAAUGGAAAAAUAUGAAGAAUUGAAGAAGAUGGAGGGACAUAACAAUGAGUACAGGACAGAGAUUAAGAAGUUGAAAGAACAGAUCUUACAGGCCGAACAGAGUUACAGUUCUGCAUUAGAAGGGAUGAAGAUGGAAAUCUCCCGUCUGACUCGGGAGUUGCAUCAGCGAGAUGUCACCAUCGCUUCCGCCAAAGGCUCUUCCUCAGACAUGGAGAAGCAACUCAAGGCAGAGAUGCAAAAGGCAGAAGAAAAAGCAGUGGAGCAUAAGGAGAUUUUGGAUCAGCUAGAGGCACUUAGAUUAGAAAAUCGUCGUCUUUCUGAAAUGGUGAUGAAAUUGGAAUUGGGUUUGCAUGAGGCAAAAGAGAUUUCACUAGCAGACCUCCAGGAGAAUUAUAUUGAGGCAUUAAAUAAACUAGUGUCUGAAAAUCAACAACUGCAGAAAGAUUUGAUGAAUACUAAAUCUCAGCUGGAGAUUUCCACUCAGAUGUGCAAAAAGCAAAAUGACAGGAUCUUUAAACCAACACACAGCAGAACAGCUGAGUUCAAGGAUACAGAGUUCAAGCCAGCCCAUGGCCAGCACAGACGUGAUGGAAUGAAGACCGAGUCCUGCAAAACAGGUCUUCAUUCUCCGAGAGGCCAAGCGUCAGAGAGUGUAGACCCCGUGCGCAGGGUCCUAAGCCCUGUGAGUCCUCAGCUCAGCCCUCGCAGCUCCACCAUCUCUUUGCCUUCCUACUUUCUGUGUGGAACUCACUCUCUGCCUUCAGAGCUAGAUAAAGAUGAAGCCAGUCUUUCUGACUCGGUGUCUGAGACUGUGAAUGACCAGGAAGAAUUUAUGUCCUUGUGCUCCUUGCCUGUGUCUCCCCUUGGCUCAAUAGCUACCAGGUUUUUGGAAGAGGAGGAGCUGCGAUCUCAUCACAUUCUAGAGCGCCUGGAUGCCCACAUCGAAGAACUAAAAAGAGAGAGCGAAAAGACGGUGAGACAAUUCACAACCCUCAAGUAGGCUCUUGAAAAAUCAGACUUGGACAAAAAAAUAACGUCAGAGAGCUGCGUCACUGGAAGUAGCAGCUCUUUAAAAACAGAAACAUAGAAAGUUAUGAGGAUGCUGCACACUCAAGCAGUGGUGGAAACAUCUGACACAGAUGCUUCUUUCUCUCAGGCAUUCUCACCACACUGGUUUGUUUAAAGGGCUUCUUCCAGCAGUAACUUGUAAGAAUAAACCACUUUGCUAGACUUUUUUCUCAUAUGAAUAUUUAUUGCCAUAACAAUAUUUUAUCUUGCCGACUUUAAUGUGAAUAGCUGUGUACUAAUUAAAAUAAAGAGUUUAUGGUGCAUGUUGAAAAUAAA